AUGUCGAUUCAGCGCGCACUGAAUUCCAACAAAACACCAUCGAAAACACGAAUAGAAGAUUUACCAACUGAAUUAAUCUUCGGUGUUUUCGAUUAUUUAUAUUGUCAUGAAAUCAUCAACGCAUUUCAACAACUCAAUUCUUAUUUUCAAUCGUUAUUACAAACAUACCAGCAAUACCAUGUGAACUUAUCUGCUCUUAGACGAAUAUGGCAUUCUAAUGUGAUUCAUCAAUUGUCAAAAUAUACUCAACAAAUCCAAUGUUUAAAACUAUCUUGUAAAAAAGAUCUGCUGAUUGACUUAAACGAAUAUUUGAUCUUAUAUCCACUCAAUUUAUAUUAUUCAACGCUUCAAUCGCUCUCGUUGUCAGGUACUGAUAUCAAUCAACUAAAAUCAUUUGUUUUCGAAUUGCAAUACUUCCAGCAAUUGAAGCAUCUGUCGUUAACUCUCUGUCAAAAGUUUCAUGAUCCAUAUAGUAUGCCUGAUUCACGUUUCAAGUUGAUUUGUUUCAUUUUGUUGUUCAAAAUCAAGACAUUGAAGUUUUUAUCAUGGAAUGUUGAUUUGAACUUUUUUAGUGGAAAAGAUUCGAUAUUGUCAGGUGAAAAAUCCACAAUUGAACAUUAUGAAUUUUCUGGAAUGACUUUUAAUGACUUAAACUGGUUGCAAUUGUACACAAAAAAUAUGAAAUCACUCAGUGUACAUAAUUUUACUGGCAGUUUUGAUAAAAUUCACAGAUUAUCAAUCGAAACAUUGAUCACUCUUAAACUUUAUGAUAUUCCCCAGUCGGUCAACAUUCAACUUCUGUUUGAGCAGUUUCUAUAUCUACCUCAAUUGAUUCAUUUAGAAUUCCAAAGUGAAUUGUAUAAAGAAUCGGACAUCGAUGGUAAUCACUGGAAAUAUCUUAUUGAAAAUUAUAUACCUCAUAUAAAACGCUUUCGAUUCUUUUUCUUUGUCAACAGUAGAAUCGUUUCUCAACCUUAUGAUAACAUUAUCGAAUCAUUCAAGACUGAUUUUUGGCUCCGGGACAAAAAAUGGUUUAUCAAUUGCGAAUUCUUAGAAGGUUAUCGAUUGUUUGUCUAUACUUUACCAUGUAUCAAAACAGAAUUGAACUAUCUUGUACCAUACCAAAGAAAAUCAACAAGUUCAUCUCCAACGAUUAGUAUUCCACUCCUAUAUUUGGAUUUGGUUAGUGCACGUGAUCAUCGGUCCAAUUUAGACUUUGAUCGUGUUCGAUCGUUGUCUAUAUUUGGAUUUGGUUAUAACAUGAAUUAUAACCAAAUUUGUGGACUGAUAAAUAUUUCAUUCGUUAAACAGUUAACAGUUCUUGAAGACAUAAAUCCAGAGUUAUUCUUUGAUAUAUUGGAACAUCAUCCGACUCAACUAUCGAUUCGAAUGUUUGAACACGACUUUUCGAUGAUUGUACGCGCAAGAAGCGGGGUUGACAAGAAGAAGAUAAAUGCAGAUCGGAUGGCUCCUUUGAAAAAAAUCAAAUCGUUAAAAUUGAUGUAUAGUGUUGGAAGCUUUGAAGAAGCUUUCCAGAUCUUAACGCAUUGUUCGAAAUUAGAAGAAUUAGAGAUUACUGGAACAAUGCCAGUGGAAAUAGUGAAGGAUAUAAUAGAUAAUCUUGAAAAAUUAUCAUUUUUGAAAAUACAUCUUGUUAACUGGAGACAUAAUGUCGUGAACAAAUUACUGGAAAGUAAUGGACAACAGAGAAGAUUUGUUUAUAAACAUUUGGAUAAAAGUGUUCUGAUCUGGAUUGAUUGA